CACAACCAGAACGCAAGACGAGAGAGUGUCAGUGCGUGCAUAUGAGCGCAUUUCCAGCCACUCAGCCAACCAACAAAAGCAUUCAUCAAGCGUCCUCACUUGCCUCACAUCACAUCACUUGAUACCAGCGAUAGCAGCCAGCGACAGCUACUCGACGUGACAAGAAAGAAGGCAACGAUGAGCGAGCCACGCAAGUUUGAUCUCCUGGUGCUUGGCGGCGGCAGCGGCGGCCUUGGCUGCGCUCGCCGUGCCGCUGAGUUUGGCACAAAGGCGGCCAUCGUGGAGAUGGGCCGCAUUGGCGGCACCUGCGUGAACGUGGGCUGCGUGCCAAAGAAGGUCAUGUACUACGCUGCCACCGUGGCUGAGACGCUGCACGACGCCAACGAGUACGGCUUCGACGUGACGAUGAACGGGCCCUUCGACUGGGCCAAGCUCAAGAAGAAGCGCGACGCGUACAUCAAGCGCCUCAACGGCAUCUACGACCGCAACCUGGAGAAGGGCGAGAUUGAGAAGAUUGUGGGGCGGGCCAAGUUCGUGGACGCCAAGACGGUGGACGUGGACGGGCAGCUGUACACGGCGGACCACAUUGUCGUGGCGACCGGCGGGUUCCCGACCAUGCCGCAGGUCCCCGGCAUCGACCACGCGAUCAACAGCGACGGGUUCUUCGAGCUUGAGGAGCUGCCGAAGAAGUCUGUCGUGUGCGGCGCCGGGUACAUUGCCAUUGAGAUGGCCGGCAUCCUCAACGCCCUCGGCAGCGAUGUCACCCUCUGUAUCCGCCACGAGGAGUUCCUGCGGACGUUUGAUCCGCUUGUCCGGGAAGUGGUGAUGGAGGAGAUGACCAAAGCCGGCGUCAAGAUUCUCAAGAACUCUUGCAUCAGCAGCAUUGAGAAGACCGACAGCGGCCUCAAUGCCAAGUUCGCUGUCAAGGGAGAAGAGCACGUCAUCUCUGGCUGCGACACGGUGCUGAUGGCCAUCGGCCGCCGCCCGCUCACGGACAUCGGCCUCGACAAGGCGGGUGUGAAGCUGACGCACAAGGGCCACAUUGCUGUUGACGAGUGGCAGCAGACGUCGGCUGCGAAUGUGUAUGCGCUCGGUGAUGUGUGCGGCAAGUUCGAGCUCACCCCAGUUGCGAUUGCGACGGGGCGGAAGCUUGCGCACCGGCUGUUUGAGCCGAACCCCAAGUCGAAGCAGGACUUUGAGUGCAUCCCCACGGUGGUGUUCAGCCACCCGCCAACGGGCACGUGCGGCAUGACGGAGGACGAGGCGAAGGACGCCUUUGGUGCCGACAACAUCAAGAUUUACAAGACACGCUUCACCCCAAUGUACCACGCGAUGAUGGAGCGGAAGACGACGACGGCGAUGAAGCUUGUCUGCGCCGGCCCCGAGGAGCGGGUUGUUGGACUGCACAUGGUUGGUCUUGGCUGUGAUGAGAUGCUGCAGGGCUUUGGCGUUGCCAUGAAGAUGGGCGCAACAAAGGCCCAGUUUGACUCGUGCGUUGCCAUCCACCCCACCUCGUCCGAAGAACUGGUCACCAUGCGCUGAUCUUUGUGUGUUCAAUGUUUGUUAUUGUGUGAAUUGAUAUGCUGUUCACCACACGACAGCACGUCGUGCACUCGUGUCUUCCUCUCUCUCUCUCUCUCUCUCUCUCUUCCCCUGUCUUGCUUUGCAGUUGUAUUUGUUUGAGUUGCACUUGUUUGCUCUUUUGCCGUUUGUUCAUCACAGCUUGUGAUGUGAUGUGAUUGGGCGUGAUGUUGCGCCACUCUCAUUUCGGUAAUGGGUUGUCGUCGUCACUUGUAUUGGUGUGCGUUUGGAAGCAUUGCCAUUUGUGCAACAGGACAAUGCACGGGUCAACACUCGACAGUCCCAUCCACUUUCAUUCCGUCACUCGCUCCAUCAAAUCAAUUACGCAACCCGUUGUCGCCAUCCAGAAACAUGUGUGGUGUUUGUGCAGGUCAGCAUGUCAC